AAUGGAAGUUACUGGAGUAUAUUUAGUGGUGGCAGUGCUUGUCGCCGCCGUGAGCUCUACCGUCGUCAACUCCUGUCCACCGUCAGACCGGGAAGCGUUGUUGGCGUUCAAGUCCGCCUUGAAUGAGCCGUACUUGGGCAUCUUUAAGACCUGGGCCGGCACCGACUGCUGCACUAACUGGUAUGGUGUCAGCUGCGACCCGACUGACAGCCGGGUCAAUGACAUUAACCUACGAGGCGAGUCGGAAGACAAGAUUUUCGAGAGAGCCGGCCGGUCCGGUUAUAUGACCGGUUCAUUGUCGCCUUCUAUCUGUUCGUUGGACCGGCUUACGACGCUUGUGGUCGCCGACUGGAAGGGAAUUUCUGGUGAGAUACCUGCGUGUCUCACUUCUCUCCCUCACCUCCGUAUCCUAGACCUCAUCGGAAACCAGAUCACCGGCAAAAUCCCUGCCGACAUCGGAAAGUUAGGAAAACUCACUGUUCUGAACGUUGCUGACAACAAAAUCAGUGGUGAGAUCCCGUCGUCGAUUGUGAACCUUGGGAGUCUAAUGCACCUAGAUCUAAGCAACAAUCAAAUCACCGGCGUAAUCCCGGCGGAUCUUGGAAAGCUAUCUAUGAUGAGCAGGGCUCUACUAAACCGCAACCAAAUUACCGGUUCUAUCCCGAGCUCAAUUGCCGGCAUUUACCGUCUCGCGGACUUGGAUCUGUCGAUGAACAGGAUCUCCGGUUCAAUUCCUGCUCAACUCGGCUCAAUGCAGGUCCUCUCCACACUCAACUUAGACAGCAACCAAAUCACCGGCGAAAUUCCUGUAAGUCUACUAAGCAACACUGGUCUAAACAUCGUGAACCUGAGCCGGAACUCUCUCGACGGCUACUUGCCGGACGUAUUCACUCCGCGAACGUACUUUUCCGUACUGGACUUGUCGUUCAACAAAUUGAAAGGCUCGAUACCGAAAUCUUUAUCGGCGGCGAAGUACAUCGGACAUUUGGACCUCAGCAAUAACCACCUAUGUGGUUCGAUUCCGAUGGGAUUCCCAUUCGAUCACCUCGAAGCGUCGUCGUUUACCAACAAUGACUGCCUCUGUGGGUCGCCGCUCAUGCGGGUUUGCUAGUACCACGACGUCGUAUCCUGUUCCGGUUCAUUGAUUACCGUUACUUAACGGUGCACAAUAUGUGUGCGCUUUGUGGUUUAUUUUUUUUAAAUAAAAAUUAAAAAACUUAUCCAAUAUUAAGAAAUGUUAAUAUACGUCGUCGGGAUGAACGUGAAGAUGUGACACGUAGGAUUCUGUAUAUCUAAGGACUAUUUUGUAAUUUUUACCCCGGUUGGGUAGAUCUACGUGUAAUUGGUUGCUUCUUGAAUCUUGAUAAUGAACAUCUCAUAAUAGAGUCAAAAAA